UAAUGAUCACCACAAUCACACCAGUGUGUACCCUCACAUAGCCUAACAUUAUAUAUUCUAUCAUUAUUUCAUGACAUUAAUCCAUGUUAUUUAUUCGGUUUGGCUUUUUGAUACUUUGAUUAAGUUUGUUAUACAUUUAUUGUAGUGAAUCUGUUGAGGGUUCGGUAGAUUUUGGGUGUCUGGCAGGGCCAACAAAAGGCUGCAUGCCUUCAUAGGCUCCACCAACAGCUGUCCAAGUGAGGCAGCACAGCAGAGCGCAGGAUAGAGGAGGGGAAUGGGUCCGAGUCCGACAGCGGUGAGUUCAGUAGCUGAAGCCUCCAUCCGAUGCCGCCUCAUUGUGGGUAUCCUGAGAAUAAGACGAGUCUGUCGAACCACAAACGGAUUGAUUUAUCCUCCCUUUGUAGGGGAACAGUGAAGAAGAGAAGUGGAGGGUAGGAUGUCUUUGCAAGAGCUCGGCUCUUUUGGAGUCAUGUUCCCUGCGUUCUCUCUGCCCAUGAAAGCUGAGCGCAGUCGGAAUAAGGAGCGGCUAGAGGCCAGCCUGGCCGGCUUGUGUGAGCUGGAGCUGCUCAAACAGAGGCAGGAAUGCCGGGUGCUGAACGCUCUCUGCCUCGGAGACUCUCCGGUUCCCGGGCACCAGGCAUGGGGAGCUCUACGGACACGUUGCGCCCCAGACGCACCAAACGGCGACGCAUCGGAUGACUACGGCCUCAGGCUCCAAACUAGCAGUCUCCAGUGUACUCCCUGGGGUAUAAUGGCAUCUUUAGAGCAGCAGGUGGCACAGCUGAAGGUCACCACUGAGGUCAAAUCAGCAGAUUCUCCUGCCAAUCUGGACGACAGUCGACUCAGUUCAGGAGAUGUCCUGGUAGCCAAGAAAGAUGGAUCCCCUGAAUCAAACUACAACACAGUGGUCCCUUGUUCCCCCUCAGCCCUUGAAGGGACAGUGGAGACAGAGACAGGAGAAACAUGGCUGUCAGUUCCCACAAGACGGUCCACGGUUACUGACGCUUUGGUGGAGAUGAGAGAUGUUGACCCCAGUCAAGAUGAUCAUCAACAAUCCCAAAAGGUAGAGACUUAUAUAUUUGGAUUGAUCCAGCGCAGAGCCCUACCAUCACGCCCCUCAAAGCCCCGCACCAGCCUGGCACAUGAUACCCGAGCUGUUAGUGUGGUGAGGCAGAGUAGCUUAUGCCGCAAAGAGGACACACAUUCAACAAAGCAAGUGUCAGUUCAAGAAAUCUCUACUCUGUCCCAGUGCUCAGAGGGAACUGCUCCACAGGCUUGCCAUAACCUGGAUCAGGAGCGUUACACAGGGACAGGGUUUCCUGAAGAUGCCCCACCUCCCUACCACCACCACCUCCAGCAAAGUGUCCAGCAUCAACCAGGGCUGUACCACAAACCCAGGCAGGCCUCCAUGAUUAACAGCUCUCGUUCAACCUCACUAGACUAUCAAUCUAGCAGAGUUCUGCAAGCCCAACCAGACUCCAGCAGUAGCGAGCCUGAUUCACCCCAACAUUUCGCCAACUACCCUUCCCCUGCAGGUCUGUCAAAGCCUCACCAACCUUCACCUGAUGAGCAGCUGGUCAAUGCAGAGUAUAUACCAGCCCAGCCAUGCCGAGCCUCCACCAGAGCUUAUGCUCAUCACCAUUCCAAUCCCCACAAGGGCUCCGGGGCACCCAAGCCCAACCGAAGUACAUAUUCUCCAGAGAGAGGCCAUCACCAUCAAGAGCAGCAACCUACUUCAUCUCAGAUCCAACCCUCCAGAUCUCGAGGGGGGGCCAAGAAAUGCCGCUCCAAUGAAGACAAAAAUGGUGCUAGUAAGAAGCAGGGUAGGAAGGCAUGUAGGUCUCAAUCAGAGAAUAGCUUGCAAAGGGUUCCAGAGCGCAAGUAUAAUACAGUGGAGAGAGAUGGUGGAGGAAGUGGAAGUGGUGGAAGGGGAAGCCGCAGUAGUCAAUCCAGGAGCAAGAAACAACAGCAAGGAAGUGGAAGCUACCGGCGCUGGCAGUCCACCCUGGAGCUCAGCCAAGACGAGGCUGACCAGCCACCCACACAGGCACCCGUUCACAGCUCUUCAGCUUCAAACCAUAGGGACCAUUGUGCAAGGCGCGUACGCAAAUCUCGCCCUACACACACAUCAUAUGCCUACCCGCACCCCAACCUUAACCAUCACCACACCCACCAUCAUCAGCACAUGGAAUACCAGCUGGAGAGGGACCAAGUGCCAAUGUGUCAGACUAGUGAGGACUACCCUCACCCAGGUCAAGUAGAGUCUGAGACCAGCAUGAGCGAAGCUGACUCUCCAGAUUCCAGCUCUUUGUCCAGUGACUCAGAUGAAAGUGGAGGUCUGGUUUGGCCCCAGCAGCUACCCCCACAACUUUCCCUCCCAUCACCCCCUGCCCCACCUGGAGCACCGCUGCAGCCUAAGGCAUUUGUCAAGAUCAAGGCCUCACAUGCCCUUAAGAAGAAGAUCCUGCGCUUCCGCACUGGUUCACUGAAAGUGAUGACCACUGUAUAAAGUGGAAUAUCGGUCAAACUGAACCCAACAGAAUUGGAUAGUAUCAGUUGGUGGCCGCAGUUAAACCUUUUUGUUUAGGCUUUCUUGGGAGGAAUAUCAGCUGCAUUGAACUAUGGACCUCAAAAUACAGUGAAUACAAAUGAAUGUGUACAUAAAAGUACUAUAAUCUUGACUGACUGAACUGACUGGAUGGUCAGUUCAGCUUUAACAAGCAAUGAAGCAAGCAGCUGUCACCAAACCAGCAUUUUGAAUUCAAAAAUGAGAGGAAAAAUUAUACCAAAAGUGUUCUGUUGUACUUAAAGUCUUACGUGGAUUACUCAUGUUUUGUCUAAGGGUACUGUAAAUUGGCCACAUUGGCCCUUAAAUACCCACACAUGCACACAUCCACUGAUAGAGUAUACCAUAGUUCAUGCUGAAAUUGCCUUUCAAGUCACACACAUUACCAAUUCAGUAUUCAAGUGAAUGGGAAGGUGUGUCCAAACUUUGACCGGUACUGUGGCUCUUUUUUCUACUACCGGAACUUAACAACAAUUAACCUUGAUUGACCUUCCCAUAACCUGACCUUGUAAGAAUACCUACAAUCUAGGUUCUUGGUUCUUUCUUGUUUUCUGCUGUGCUUUACAAACCAGAAUAUUUUAUGUCAAAAGGUACCAGUGUCACACAUGGUUAUAAUUUCUUUUUGGUAAGCAAAUGUGGCAAGUGCUGUUCUAUUGUGGGACAGAUACAUUUAGUGGUGCUAAUGUAUUAACAUUUACAUAUUAUGACUUAAAUGUCAGUAUUAUUAAUUUAAUAGACUAGCCCCACUUUAAGUAGGGGGUCAACAGUACUGGUACCAAACCAGUUCCCACAUGCUGACUAGCUCUCCAGUGCCAGUCUGGGACACGCCUGGUCCCUUAAGGACACUGGCAGAUGCUGGUCCUGCUCUGUCUGUGGUCCAUACCAUCAAAAGCCCUCCUGCUCCUCUAUUCUCUCCUGAUUCAAAAGACAGGGAGGUGAUGCUAGAAAUCUGGUGAAGAAAAUUGGAGAAAAUAUAGGGAUGUAGCAUUUGGUCAUGCUGUACCACUGAGUUCCUGUACUCAGUGUAAACAAUGAAUGUCACAUGAUUUUAAAAUUACCAAAACUACCUGAAUUAUGGGGAAAUGUAGUUAAACUAUUGACAUGCUCCCCAAUACUGUGCACUAAAUCUAUUCUUUACAUAAACAUUUGUAUGAAAUUGGGUAUUCUGAAUCAGAGUAUAUUGAGACAAGCUUCCUUGCAGUGAUAAUUUUAACACAUGCCCUUUAUUAUUAAUUGCUGUGUUUGUAGCAAACCAGCUGUUGCAUUCCUUCCCCCUGAAAGUACCUGGAACUUGGAUAGAUCACCUCCUCCUUAGGAGAUCCAAAAUGUAGGCUCAGGAACUCACCCCCAAAGUGGGGGAGUACAGUGGAAACAAAGCAGAACAACUGAAAAUAACUACUAUAAGCUGUAGGUCAUUACAGUCCUGUAGUGGAAAAGUCCUAACAAUGAGCUCCAAUUCAUCUGUUUGAGUUCUGAUUAAUCUCCAACAUAUCUGCCUUUGUGUUAAAACUGAUCUUUUUUUAUCGAAUAGUCCUUCACUUAACAUCAUACGCAUGUGUUUAGGAAUGCAGUAUGACUGUACACUAAGGCAUACUUGUGUCACUAAUGACUUUAUUCAUGAUUAAAUUAAAUAUUUUAAUGUUUUACAGAUCAAUAAAAAUCAGCCUAAUAUGUACUUUUAAAAGUAUGUUUAGUUUGCAGAGUUGCCAUGCCACACUCUAAAGAAGGACCCCUUUGCCUCGAAACUUACCAUGUUGGUUUCUCUCCUAUUUAAAACAUUCUUCAAUACUCUGCACAUUGGGAACUUAUUGUUGAAAAAAGUAGCUUACAAUGCUGAGACAAGCCACAGCUUCCUUCCACAGUUUCCAGUCCUAUUUGGACUGUGAAACUCACUUGUGUUGUUGAAAUGGUGCAUAGUUAUCAUUAUGUAAUGUUAAGUCAUACUGUAAUUAAAUGGGGAGAAUAACUUAAAGCAAACAACCUAACAGUAAUACUUGCUACAUGUUUUUGUGUUGUCAGUAUAAGUGAAUAUAUCUGUCAGACAUGGGGAACGUGACCACAGUAAAUACAAUGAGUAGUUGUUAAGGACUGGAUUGUUGGUGCAGUACAAAGUGCUUGUGAGACUUUUUUCCCCUUAAAUGUGUGGUUGAGAUACUAAAUCUCACUAGAAAAACAACUGACUUUCAACAGAAAAGAAGUCUGUAAAUCUUUGAGCUGCAAAUGCAAUCCAGCAACAUACAGUAGUGGCAUGAUUUAUACCAUAUUUUAAAAGCUUUGGUGAGAUCGAGUGUCUCAUUCACAAAGAGUGUUCUUGAAAUACUUGUAUAAAAUGUUAAGUAGCAAAUUACAGUGUCUACUAUUGGGUAAAGUUGAUAGUAGACUACUUGCAGACUAAUAAAAAUGUGCCUGCCAGAUAAUGUUAUUAAUGUUACAAUGUCACUUUGAGUAUUUGACAGUAUUAUCAUUUAAGGUGCACUAGUCAACUCACUAUUAGCUUCUUUUUGUAUGAAAUGUGUUUGACAAA